AUGGUGGACGUGGUCUGCCAAAUAAGUGGAUGCCAGCUAGGUUUUGGCAUUACCAGCCUUCUGUCUGGCAUACUGGCCUUCUUUCCUGUGGGUACCUACAAGCCCUGGUAUCUUGGCUGGAGCACCAAGAUCGCUGCCCCGUUGUGGGUUGGAGUUUUGUGGGAGCUGAGCUACAUCUUCAGCAUUCUCUGUGGUCUCACUGCUCCGCUGCAGUUCGCCAUCGCUGUGGCCGCCAUCGUGCUCGGGCCCUACUGCUACUACUCUUUCCACGGGGCGGUUGGCACCGGUUACCUGGCCCAUGCGGUCCGGCUGCCCUACCCUUACCUGGCCUUCCCGGGCCUGUGUCUGGACCCCAGGCAUGUGGAGUGGUUCCACCUGGUCCUGCACACGGCAGACCUCAUCACCAGUCUGGCCAUUUUCACUCUGUCACUCUUCAUCAUUGUCAUCCUCACUCUCCGAGUGCUACGCUCUGGCCAUGUUAAUCGACGGAGGCAUGGCCGCUAG